GAUCAUGCAGCCUGCUAACAUAAUAUGUAGUUCCGUUCACAUUCGGUCGAGUUGUAACUGGUUACUGAUCAACACCUAUUGAAAGUUCGAAAUUGGCGAAGCGUGAAAAUAAUGUGUCGUCGCAAAUAUCAGUUUUGAACGGUUACAUGUAUCUUUGGUAAAGACCAGUUAGUGUCGAAAUAUUUAAAAAAAAUAAUGUCAGUAUUAUCUUUCUUGAUCUUGUAAUGCCGUUACUAUUGUCAUAUGCCCCUCCGUGUACUACAGUAUAUAUGUCACAUCGUUAUAUUACAUACACGAUUUAAUCAAUAACACAAGGGAACUCUACAAUAACUUCUCCCGCCACAAAUGUUUACAUCUCCUUGACGACCAGGUAAGGGAUUUCCUUUCACAUGUUGCGACUCGAUUUACCACUGUCAUUCGAGAGUUGUACUACGUACUGUCUUACAGUGGAUACGAAGAAGUUAUACACCACGCCAUUCGAAAUGGAGAGAAGAAAAACUGCAACACUGAAGGAAAAACUGGCCGAUCAUUAUCAAAAACGCGAUUUCACCGUGAAGCCAUCGAUUGCGAGUCAAGUUGGGAUGUGUUUCUUCGGCUUCAUGACCAUAUCGCUGCUCAUCGAGUCCCUAUCGAUUCUUAUCCCCACCCUGUACAAGGACGACGACACAAGCCGGCGGAUCUGUGAACUACUGGUCUUCUUCACACUGUUCGAGAUGGUCGGAAACUGGUACUUCACUUACAACGACGUCAAAAACCAUGUUAGAAAAACGUCCAAGGAUACCCACUUCCCAAAUUCGAUAGACACGCCCCCAGGAUGGAAAACCUGCCCCAUAUGUCAGAUGGAUGCGCCCCCGAGAUCUCACCACUGUGUUUUAUGUGGGAAGUGCAUUCUAAAGAGGGAUCACCAUUGCUUUUUCACGGGAUCCUGCGUUGGACUGCACAACCAACGAACGUUCGUUGUUUUUUGUGUGUACCUCAUAUGGGGAAACCUCUUCGCUUUAUUUCUUCAAUUGACUUACCUCAAUGACGCAAUGCCAAUCUUUUCUAGCAAUGCGCUAGAUUACGUCAUUUUUGUAGCACUGUGGCGACUAUUCACAGGUGCCAUGUCGAUAGGACUUUUCAUCAUUUUGGCUCAUGCAUAUCUAUGUGCCUUCUGUUUGGGAGCAGGGGUAUUCUUUCUGUGUUGGCAGACAGUUAUCAUCAUUAAUGGUCAGACAUCAUAUGAAGCUUGGAAACGGAUAUCGGCAUACCAGUCAUCUACAUUGGAAAAUGUGCGAUCCGUUUUUGGUCCCUUGAAGUACAGUUGGUUAUUACUGCUUUCACCAGUGCCAGUACAGUUGCCACACGAUGGACUAAGAUGGCAUAUCAUCAAAAAUAACAAAGGAUAUUAAUUUAGAAAGAGAAAAAGAAAUGCACAAGUACUUUGCAAACAAGUAUAUUGUGUAAAUGGAUCUGGGAUAGAAAGGGUUAUAAUAUACAACGUAGUUUGAUGAUACUGCUUGCAAGUGUUAAUUGUUGGCAAAUGAUGAAUUAAAGUUAUAAAAGUAAUGAAAGAGAGAGAGAUGUAUAUUGAAACCAGGGGGUGGAGUGGAGCAGAGGUACUGCCUUAAACUGAAGAUUGUCUUGACCCUUCAAACUGAAGGUGAAUUAAUACCCUUCCCUGUUUCUGGCAUCUUCAAUAUCGAAUCACAACUAUACUUUUGCUAUAUAAACCAGUAUGAUUGUGAAAAUAGAUCCUAGUUAUAAAGGGUUAAAUUACUUGAAAUUUACUCCUUAAAGAGCGAGAUGAAAUAGUAGUAGGCUUGAAAUUCAUGUUUUGGAAGCAAUCUCUGCCUCUUGACAUUUUAAUCUGGAAGCAAAUUCUAAAAAUUGACACACAGCUCAAACUUCUAGACCACUUACGUACUGAUAAUAACUUUACUAUAAUUUUGUGUACAUUUAAACUUGAUCAUUUUAACUGUUUUCCAUUUUCAUGAUACUAGUAUCUUAAUUUAAUAUUGGUCAUACUAAUAGCCGACACCAAUUUCUUAAUAAUCAGGGCCCGGUAUUACAAAGCACUCGUAACACUUGCGUCAGAAGUACACCACACGUUCAUUGCUUUAAGAUAGAAAACAAAAUCUGCUUAUAAAAUUGAUUAUCAGAAAGCAUAUUGUAUAUAUUAGAGUAGCAAUUGCCUCUUGCUCCCUAUCAAUUUUUAUUGUCCUAGUAGUUUCUUUUUUUAUUCAUAUAUACCGGUAUGUAUUUAUUUUCUACAUGUUUGUUAGUCUUGGGAAACUGCUGAAUAUACUCAAAAUGUGUAAGAUUAUAUUUUAUUCAUUUUAUGUAUUUUAAUAUGAAACUGCCAUUUACAUUUUUCUGUAUUAUAAAUGAAUGAGAAUUAUUUGUUCAUGCAUGGUAAUAUACUAAUAAAUCCAAUAAAAUUUU